UACUAGGUUAACUCAAGGUUGACCAGAUUAGCUAGGUAAAAACAGACCCAGAAAAUAUCCAAAAAUAACCUACGUUUUCAGGUGAUCGUCUAAUCAACUAAUUGGCAUCACUUUUUUAUGCUGUAGUGUCUGGAAGUACAUGUGAUCUAGGAACUGAUAGUAAGCCAGAUAAAAUACAAGUUGGACAUAAAACGUCAUUUAGACUUUCUUUAUCAGGGCUGAGGUAAGUAAGAUGUAUCUGCUGCCUAGCAUGUCAAAAAUAUAGUAAUAGACAUGAAAAUUUGAGAAUCAUUUUUGUACAAAUCAGUGUUGCCAUAUUUGUUAUAAAAGUGUUAGAUCUAAUAAUUGCGGGAACCACUGAGUAUUUUCAUAAAAUACAAUACAACGGUAACUCCGAAUAAAGUAAGCAUUUUGAUUCAACGUUUCAACUUUAUUUAGUCAUCAUCAAAACGCUGAAUCAAGAUGCUUACUUUAUUCGGAGUUACCAUUGAAUUGUAUGUUAGAUCUACAUGGCGGAUGUUGUAUUGCUAUCUGUAGCUAAUCUGGGUUAGAAAACCGUACUGUUCCCGCAAUGUCCCAGGAAAUUUGCCAAUGUUCCUGGAAACGAGGUUGAAAAUUUGCCUGCACAAAUGUGAAUGCAAAAAUGUGAAUUCAAAAAGUGGAUCAGCAAGCGGCACUGGCAUGCUCGCGCAUUUUAACGAUGCCUAAAUGCCAUGCUCGUCUUAUUUGAUUGUUUUUAGACAGCAAAAAUUAAAGAGUGUGCUUAUAAAGGUUGAUACGGAAAAGCACAACGUUGCUACAACUUCAGAAAAUGUAAGUAUAUACUGUUGGAUAUUAGCCCUGACAAAAAAAAUAUCCUGUGGUUCCCGUUUCCCGACCGUCCCUAUUUUUUGUGCCGAUCUUAAUGUUUUGUUGUUAGAUUGGGAUGUGGUUGGGUUGUUUGCACCUUACAACGUUACACCAAGUUGAGUUGUUUAUGUGUUCUGGCAUUGCCACCUGUCACACUCAUGGCUGUUGCUAACCAAUAUCAAGCAAAAACGAUUCCAAAAAAUUGUUUUCCGACCUACUUAUCCUAUUUUAUCAGGAUGUGAAAUCGGAACUGCAUGCAGGCUGGAUGUUUUUUGUUAGGCCUUAUAAGGAAAUACAUGAAUGUAACAAAUGGCGAUUGGAUCAGGUUUUUAUGAUAUCCGAAUAAUCAAGCAAGACUGAGGCAGAUAACCACAACCUUGGUUCAUUUUCGAUAUUGCAAAACUCGAAUUGAAACGAAUGGUUGAGUGGGCAAUAUUUGAGUUUAAGCUUUGCUUUUUUAUCCAGGUCACUUUUACUACAAAGAGAAGUUCUGCCUACGUCGAUGUAUAUGGUCAGGAUGCUGGAGAGACUUACGUUAUCUUCAAUGCAACGUCAUCUGUUAAUAUCAGCAAGUACGUGUUGCCUUAGAUACGAUAGUUUACAAACAAGAUAUAGUUGGCACGAACCUUUACCAGUUGUAGCAAUGUAGCAACACAAUAGAAAUAAUGUGGGUGGUGAAUUUUCAGCUCGCAUAAUUUUUCCACCGUCUGCUUGUGCAAGAAUUUUUUGCAGAAUUUAAAGUUAUUUUUCUUUGGUUUCCUCUUUCCAUGAAUUUUUGUCUCUCUUUUUCGCUUGCGCGAACCUUUUUUGUCCCCCCACCCCACCCCACCCCACCCCACCCCACCCAACACUUUUCUGAUGGUCCGUUCCUUAGGAGGGUGCUCAUGCAUGUGAGCCAAACAUGGGGAACUAUUCUUUUCACCUUUCGUUUACAUGAGAAAAUCAGCCUGCUUGCUUGGGAUGGCUCGCUUGCGCAAACAUAAAUCAUAAUGAUUGUAUCCUCUUGAAUAGUGAUUGAUCGAUAAUCAGGCCGAUAUUUGCCUUUAGUUAUCGGUUGGCAAUCGGAAUCGGUAGAAUUUUUUUUAUUUCCGCUUGUCUAAAACCGAUUGUUGAGAAAAUACGCACUUUAAAAAAUUAUAUACAUUGCGCGUUGAUAUACGUUGCGUUUUAAUGCAAUAUGUUGCCGCGACGGAAUUAAUGCGUGAAGCUUGCCAUUUAUGAAUGGACUUUGGUUACAGUAACAUGUUACGUUGGAAAUUAUCAUUAAAAAAUCGAAAUGAAUAGUCUCACCUUUACCCGGUUGACUGACAUUAUGACGUCAUUUUAAAAUCGGUAUCGGGUAGAUUGUUGCAUGACUAAUCGGCAGUUUCCGAGUGUGGCACAAUCGGUCAAUCACUACGCAGUUUCGGAGCAAAGAAUUGGCAACAAAUAUUUCCAUAGUGUUUUACAGAUAAAUAUUUGAAACCAACCCACAGACUUCGAGUAUAUAGUUAUACAGUACAGUAUCUACCGAUGUUAAGUUGUUGAUGAAUUUAACAGUUUACCCACUCAGUGUUAAGGUGGUCUUCCACCCAAAUUUUCCAAUAUUCGUUAUUUUUUAGAAAAACGUAAAAAUGUAGUCUUUAUAGCGUUCUUUAUAAAAUCCGUGUAAUUUUAAGAACGAAAAUGUACCGUAAACCAGAGAAAUCCAGCAAAUUCUACACCUUCGUAGGGUAAAACCACGAUUUUGCCCGGAGCGAUAAAGAUAUGCGAUUGGUUUAGUCUAUUGUUCCAUUUUCAAUUAUAUUGUUCUAUCUAAGUUAUUCUAAUAUAUGCAAAAAGUUUAAAAUCGCUUUUCUCACAUGAGCAUUUUGCGAAAUACUAAAAACUCUCCUACUGUUCAUAUACUGAAUCAAUUCGUUCGAAAUUUUCAGAGUUUAUUUGCUUGUUACAUAGCCAUGUCAUGGACCUAAAAAACUUCAUAUAUCAGCAAUAUACAUUGCAAGAGUAGCCUUAUAAGAACUCCUUUCUUCAUAUAAUUUUAAAAAAGUAAAAUAUGAAGGCCUUAUUAUAUUACUUGUAUAUUUUUUUAGGUUCAUGACAUAGAUUGAUGUAUUAAGUGUCAUUAAAGCUGUUUCUAAAGUCCUCGGUAAAUUAGUUUGGCUCACAUAAUUUUUGGAGCAAACCCUAUAUUUUACCCUAUAGCGAGGCCUAUCUUUGUUACUAUGGCGACGACGAAUGUAAAAGUUACUGAUCCUGCGUCAGCUGAGGAUAUUCCAUCAUAUUUGACUCAAAUAUGAUGAUAAAACCUUUAAAUUGAAAAAAAUGUUUUUAGGGUGGAAGACCCCCUUAAGUGUUCUCUGGAUUUAACCAUUGUACUAGUGCGCUGCCCUCACUCGUAUAGGAAAUAUUUGGGAAUCGUAGCCGGAUUAAAGUAAGCAUCAACCAUAGUACAUCUAAAAAUGUUCCGACUUAUUAAUUUCUGGACUGGAGAGGUGGCUAAGGUGUGCCUCCCGCCACUGUCUGAAAAUAAUUCGAAUUUAAUUGUUUUCUUAUUAUUCUCAAUGAAUUAGUCUUCACAGUUUUAAAGUCAAGGUGCAUGUGGUUCAUUCCAAUACUUUGGUGAUCUUAAAUAUGGUGAUUGGAUGGAUUUACUUCGUCGCUUGGUCGAUCUCAUUUUAUCCCCAGGUAAAGCAGACUAUAGUUUUGCAGUAAUGCAUGAAACAACCAAAUUACGUUCUUGCAUGGAUUUCUAUAUAUAGUACUAACUGCAUGUAUAUUUAUAUAUUUCUGUUUUAUAGGUGUACGUGAAUUGGUCAAGAAAAAGGUAGGCCGUUUGGAAUGAACUUCAGAUACAAUUUUGAAUGUUUCAAACUGGCCUUUAUAUACAUUGUAUACUGGCAUUAUUGUCCUAAGGCCAGUUGUUCAGGGGCGGUUGUUCAAAGUUGGGUUAGUUUAACCCUAGGUUAACCUAAAAUUCGAAGCAAACUUCCUCACAGCUUGUCUAUAAAUUUGGAAAUAUUCCUUCAGAGAUCUUGUCUGGAUCGAUAGGAGUUUACUUCUCUGAAGUUUUGAAAUAAACAGACGUGUAGAAGCACACAAAUUAAAACAGCAGGCUAAACUUUAACCCAGGGUUAGCGCUUAUCCACCUUUAAAACAGCCGGCCCUAGAGCUGCAUGGGUUAGUUUAAACCUAGGUUAACCUAAAAUUCAAAGCAAUCUUCCGAACAGCUUGUUUAUAAAUUUGGAAAUAUUUCAUUAGAGAUCUUGCCUGAAUCAGUAGGAGUUUCCUUAUCUGAAGUUUUGAAAUAAACAGACGAGCAUGGAAUGUAUGGAAUACAUUUGCUGAUUUGGUACUAAGUAGUAAUGACUUCAUUUUCUCAUGGUCUGUCAAGAUAUGAUGGUCUGGAAACUGACUAGAAGUCAUUGUAUUAUGUUUUUGUCUGAGUUUAUGUUAAUUUGUGCACGGUCACGGUGAUUGAGCUCAUUAAUUUUUGUAUAAUUAAGUAAUCGUCCAAUAGAGAUAGCUGAGAUGAAACGUGCAGCCACAAUGAAUAAUAUCUAAUGAAGGUGGGACAAAGGAUUUGAAAUUGGACUUAUCAAUAUACUGUACAAUUAUCAGUGAUGAAAAAUGUCCAGCAGCACCAUUUUAACAACAUUUUUGUCAUCUUGUAUACUGCAUGGAAUGGGAACUUUUUCUGAUUUUUACUAAAUAAUGUUUGUUUUUCGUUCCAUUCAGUGUUAUUGGUUUGAACUUUGAUUUCGUCUGCUAUAAUCUUCUUGGUUUUAUUGCCUAUGGCGUGUUCAACAUUGGAAUGUUUUGGAUUCCGAAAAUCAAGGUAAAUUUCUUACCUCAAGGGUAACUUAUUCCCCCACAGCAAACAAUAGGCAACACUUAUGAGUAGCUACGAUAUUUUCGUGAAAAUUAAAACACACUUUCACCAUUUCAUGAAUUGAUGGCCCUCUUUGCCAAGAUUUUCCAUCCAAUUUAAAUCAAAAGUUGCUUUGCGAAAAAUGGUGAACAUGCUGCAUGUACUCAUGGAAAAUAAGAACCCAGUUUAGUUUUCGUCUUGACAGGGCUUCGGUUUAGGAGAUGAAACCAUAAUGAUUUCAAUCUUUGUUUUAGUCUGAAUACCAGGCAAAACAUCCAAAUGAAGAUGAAGAUCCAGUUGAAUUAAACGACGUGUGCUUCACGCUUCAUGCUAUUCUUUUGACAUUAAUCACUGCUAUACAAAUCCUUAUUUACGAGGUGAGGUUUUGCCUAAAUAUCUUGUUAUUUUUAUUAUUACUAAAAUAUCAGUAACCAUGGUUAGGAGAGGGGUGUAACCUGGAAAUUCUUUGCAACUGUAGUGUUGAAAUCAGUACUUGAUUACUAUGAUCUCACCAUUAGAUACCUAAUAUGUGGUUCUAACAUGAAAUAGUUUAAUUUGCUAUAUCGGAUUCCUUUGUUUCAAGUUAAAUCCUUUCUUCAAAAAACACUAAUUGAAGAAUUGCUAAAACCAAAACUGAAUGUAAUCCUGCGCUCGUGAUAUAAACUCUACUGAGCGUUUACAUCUCGCCCAGACGAGACCCAGCAUCUUUUGCCGGCAUCCGCCUAGCCGGGUCUAGAAAUUUCCAUAUAAACACUCUAUUCCUGCUAAGCGGGUUGAACUUGCCUUCUCAGCACGUGUGAAUCCCUUAUCUGCAAAGAAUAUGACGACCAGGGCCGCCGGGGUGGGGGCAAAUUGCCCCGGGCCCCCAUUUAUCAUAUUAAACUCACAAGGGACAUAUGCUUGCAAGGCAUAACAGGGUCUUAUUGCAAAUUAUAACGAUGAACCAAAAUAAUACAUCUUUCAAAAGUGUAAAUUAACAUUGAAGGAGGCGAUUUGCAUAUCAAGCUAAGAUCGUCUGAAAACAAUGAUCCCGCAUGGCCUCGCUGACAGUAAUCUAUCGCCAGGAUCGAAGUAAAACAAAUGUCCCGUUAAACAAGCAAAGACUUUCAUGUUUCGCUCUCUACUCUGGUUUAAAUAAAUGAUUACAAAGCCCAGUCGAAUUGUAAUCAAGACCCAAUGUUUCGACACUCCAGUCUAGUGUCUUCAUCAGGGGGUGAUCUAAAGUUACAAUCGUGGCUUCUUAAAUACCCAAGGGAUGACGUCACCUGCCAAUGAGAUGCUUGUAUUCCUCUGGCAAAUAGGCACCGUCAUCCCUAUUCAAAGCAUGAUUACUCAUAUUUAUAUGCCACGCUUCUAGGCAAAGUCUUUGACCAUAGCGAUUGUUUGUGGUAAUUACUUUAAAGUUUUCCCACGCAAUCUCGUGUUUGGUGUAACACACAUGUUCUGCUAAAGCUGAUUUUACCUUGUCUAAAGUUGAAACAGCCUUUUGAUGUUCUUUUAGCCGUGUACCAAACUGGCGUUUGACCCAAAUACUCCUUCUCGCAGUCACCGCAUGGUAUAGAAUAUACAGCAUGAGUUUCUGAUUUGUUUUAACAGGAUCUUUUGGCUUUGCGAAAAUAUGGCUUUUAAGGAAACUAUAAUAUUACAAUUACUUAAGAUUCUCUUGAUUGGUUCUGUGACACCUUCAAUGUAUGGAAGACUUUAAUAUGAUUUUCUCAUGAUUUAAAUUUAUCUCUUCUUCUCUAGAGAGGAAACCAAGUUGUCUCCAAGUUGUGUAAGAUACUCAUAUCCAUUUCUUGUGUGUUCGUGUUUAUUGCUUUGAUGAUAACUCUCUUCACCGACAAAAUUAGUUGGCUCGAUUAUCUUUAUUAUUUCUCCUAUGUCAAAAUUGGUGUCACUUUGAUAAAAUACAUCCCACAGGUUGGUAUAUUAACAAUAUUAUAUGCACAACAUCAUCAUUAGCCUUAUAAUCGUGAUUACACGAUCACGAACAAUCACCAUGCGCUUAACAUUAUCGUUGUUAUCAUUACAGUUUUCAUCACAUUCAAACACCAUCAUCGUCACAGUCACGAUAUCAUUAUUGUUAUACUGUAUAAGCUCACGAUCAUAACCAUCAUCACGAACAUUAUCAUGAUAACGAUAUCAUUCUUGUCAUCAUAAUAGAAUAUCAUCAUCUUAUCAUCACUCUUUCAUCAUAAUAUAUCAUUAUCGUUAUCAGCUCACGAUCAUAUACGCAUUAUCAGGAACAUCAUUAUAUCAUAAUGACGAUAAUGAUGUUCUUGAUAAUUUGUAUUCUUAUCAGCUCACAUCAUAAUUAUCAUCAUCAUAUUUAUAUUAUUGUUACAUAACUAUCAUUUUAAUCACUAUUAUCAAUUAUAACACUUUAUUCAAAUUCCUACUCUUCCAAUUAGGCGUAUAUGAAUUUUCGAAGGAAAAGCACGAUUGGUUGGAGCAUAGGAAACGUUCUACUAGAUUUUACUGGUGGAUCUCUUAGUAUAGUCCAGAUGAUUAUUUUAUCUUACAACAAUGGUAAAUGAUUAGAACAGUUGUUACAACAUUACUGACUGUAGCUUGAGAAUUUAAUUAUAGUCAUAUAUAAAAAGGUGGUUUGGGUACUAACCUAAUACAUGACGACAUGAUAACAGCAUCGCAUAUUUCUUGUUUACUUGCAGAUAGUUGGGAAGCAAUAUUUGGUGACCUUACAAAGUUUGGUUUAGGCUUAAUAUCUGUUCUCUUCGACAUAUUAUUCAUAAUUCAACAUUAUUUAUUAUAUCCUCAAAAGAAACGAGACCAUGAAUGCAUUCAAGAUUAUGAAGAUGAUGCCCAGAAAAAUGGCAAGAUUGCAGCUCCAACCUAGCUAGUCCAAAAUACAAUAUAUUAUAAACUCUGAUCUGAAAAUACAUCUGAAUUAAGUAGUGAUACCUAAGUAAUGAUACCUUUUUUUGUAUAAUUUAUAACAGAAACUCCCCCACUCCCUUGUAUAUGCCAAAAUAAUGUGUGGAAUACAUUUACUGAUUUGGUCACUUAGUAAUACUUCAUUUUCUCAUAGUCUAUCAAGAUAUGAUGGUCUGGAAACUGAACAAAAAUAAUUGUAUCAUGUUUUUGUCUGAUUUUAUGUUAAUUUGUGUACAGUCACGGCGAUGAGCUCAUUGUAUUUUCAUAUAAUUAAGUAACCGUCCAAUAGGGAUAGCUGAGAUGAAACGUGCAACCACGAUGAAAAAUAUUUAACGAAGUUGAGACAAAGGAUUUGUGCACGGUGAGAUACAGUUCAACAUCAAACAAAAGUCUUCUAUUUUGUGCCUUUGAAGUUUGCCGGGCUUCCUGACCAUCAUAUCUCUUGACAGACUAUGAUUUUCUGCAUGCUUCAGUGUACAAUGAGUUACCCUAUCCAGUCUCCUUUCAAAUCAAUGAUUUUAAAGUUUGUUAAAUUAAAUUGAAUUCAAUGUUUUAUUUUACUGGUAGUUGUCAUGUAAAACAGAAAUGCGAUUACUGUAGAUCUCAGACAGUAUAUAUUCAUGGUAAUAGCAUGGUUUCGUGUGGAAAAAAACAUGCUCGUGUGCAAAAUUGCAGAGUUUCGUGGAAUGACGUGUGCAACAAAUUGAAAAGCUCAGGAGAGCGUUGCUUUUUUUCCAAAAUGCAUGCUCGAUAAUCUAUGUUAUUACUUAAUUAAAUAAUACCUAUUUAAAAAUUAGCAAAAUCAAGUUGAAUCAUAACAUGUAGCUGAGACUGAAGCAUUAACAUGUGCAUGUCCAAGUAUCGAACUGUUCAAUCAUUAUUUGUGUUUUACUUAUGGCCCCAAUACAACUGUGCGUUGAAUCAUGUUUGUAAUAGCACAUUUUGUCUUCUGUGUAAAGCAAAAUAAUGGAAGGUACACUUCAGGGAAUAUUUUCUAAUUUUAUAAAGCGAAUCAACCGUGCGGAGCCAAUUGUUCUUAAUUUGCGCUACUUUUGCAUAUUCAAAUGAUUGACUGAACAGUCGCAUACUUUGAUAUAUGUAUAUUCUAAUUCCUCCGAUCUCAGCUAUACAUGUAUGGUGUGAUUGACGCACAAUAAAAAUUAUAUACAUUGCGGGUCGAUACACGUUGCGUUUUAGCGCAAUAUGGUGCCGCGACGAAAUUAAUGCGAAGCGUGCCAUUUAUAUGAACGGUUUUAACUAACCUGGGAAUAGGCGUUUAUAGGAGACCCCCGAACGAGCAGCUUAACUGAACCUGACAAUCUCACAUGUAGUACAUCCAAAAUAUUUCUCCCAUUCAAUUGGCCCAAAACAUUAAUGUUUUUCUUCUUCGCAAUUACUCGACUAUAUUCAUCUAUAAAUCAACAUUCAACAAAGUUUUGCAUAUUUUUGCUGACCUCAGUAAUAAACGCAGAUCUCGUACUUAAUGUCAAUCAUAUGUUCCCAUGUGCAAUCUCCCAAAAUUAUAAGGCAGACGUAGCCCACCUGAAUAAACGCCUGUUCGCAGGCUAGGUUUUAACUAACUUUGGUUGCAGCAACAUGUUAUGUUGGAAACUAUCGUUAUUAAGAGAGCGAAAUGAAUGACAUAAUCUUUACUCGAUCGACUGACAUGACGUCAUUAUAAAGUCGGUAUCGGGUAGACUGCUGCAUAAAUAAUCGGUAAUCUAAAUUUCCAAUUGUAGCACAUAUCUUGUUUUGGCCUGAGAGCCUCGCUCUCAUGAAUUGUGAGCCAAUCACCGUUCAUCUUGAAACAUGAGAAUGAGACUCCCAGGCCAAGAUGAGAUACGUGACGUAAUUAUCGAAAGGGUGUAUUGUUUAUCACUAGCUACAUGUUACAGUUAAUUAUAGUUCGACAAGCAAUUUAUCCUGACAGAGAACGCAUCAUUUGGAUACGGAGUGGAGACUCUGAAUUCGGGCUUAUUGCACUGUUUUAAUUUAUUCAGCUAUAUCAAUUAAUAUAUUCAAUUCAGUGAAAAUAUUAAUUUGUGUAUACUUAAGGCUGGUUUACACUAUCAAAGUUUCUGUGAUCACAGCAGAAAUUAAGUAAAUGCUAAGUUCUUUGAAGGAAUUAUAAGAAAUGUUUAAAGGAAUUACUGAUUCAGUAUUGUUUACUGUGCAAAAUUCCUACUGUGAUCACAGAAACCUUGCCAGUGUAAGCCAGCCUUUAUAAUUCUUAAUUUAAUGAAUAUAAAAAUUUGCUCCUAUUUCACCAGAUCCACUGAAUAACCCAACAGCACGCUAAGGCAAUACCAGCUAAAAUUGUUACGAAUGCAAUCCUGACGCGCAAAAAAGCCCAAGAACUCGUUAAUUCCUUGUGAAUUUUUUCCACCUGUUGCAUUGUUUCAGCUGAACUACGGGAAUUAUCUACGACAUGAGUUGCCCACUGACACUUCUCGUUUAACGCCAAUUGUGCGGUGAUUCUUUGUAGGGCUUCUUCUUUUGUGUAAUCAUUUCUUCGCAUCAGUCUACUUAGCUGGGUAUCUGGGUCACUAAAGAAACAAAACACGUGAUAGUAAUACUAGCAUCACCCAUGGCAAGGGGAUUGUAAUUUUUGUGAAACACAAUAAUUAAGCUUGUUAGUAAUCUUACCAGUACACUACGAUUAUCUUGUUCAUGAAAGGUGCAAUCACACCUGAUUCAAACAGCAACGGAACUUCCAAAACAGCAAACCGAUGACCU